GUUUCAAUAUGGACGACGUGGAAUGUUUCCUAAAGUUACAAAACUGAAAGUGUCAAAUCAUAUGUCUUCCUUUCAAAUCUGAAAUUCAAAAACAAUAUACAAUUUUAGUAUAGUAUCUUUUUAGUAUGAGUAAAAAUGUUGAAAUAGCAAAAGAUCUUCAUUCAGAGAAAUCGACAACUGAUUCUGCAACCAGCAUGACCAGGUCAAAGAUGGGAAGAAAACUACAGAUCGUCCGAUUUCUAGUCAGAAUUUGUGUGGCAGUUGCAGCAAAAUUUUGGAAGUUGUGUAGUUCAGCUUUGCUUAUAUUGUUUUUGGUAUAUUGGUUCACUGGCGCCUUGAUAGCUUUAGGAUUCUUUAUAGUGGCUGUGAUAGGUAUAUUUUUCAAUGCACAGGACAUGUUAUUAUAUUACCCAGAGCAGCCACCAAACUCUAGACUUUAUGUUAUGUUACCAAAUGCCUAUCAAAUGCCAUAUGAAAACCACUUUGUGAAUACUAGUGAUGGAGUUAAAAUCAACUUAGUUUUAGUGAAACAUCCAAAGCCAAAUGUUCCGACCAUUAUUUAUUUCCAUGGAAAUGCUGGUAAUGUUGGACACAGGUUGAUGAAUACUCAUGCAUUAUUUGAACAGUGUAAAUACAACAUUUUGUUAGUAGAGUACAGAGGUUAUGGUAAGAGUGAAGGUUCUCCAAGCGAAGGAGGUUUAUACAAAGAUGCAGAGGCAGCUAUGGAUUUUUUAUUAAAAAGGACUGAUAUAGACCGUAACAAAUUAAUAGUGUUUGGACGCUCACUAGGAGGCGCUGUAGCUGUACAUUUAGCAUCACAAUCAUUAUAUGAACGUCAUAUAGCUGUUUUAGUGAUAGAGAAUACAUUUUCAUCAUUACCUGAUAUAGCUAGAACAUUAUUUGAUUUUCCAUUUUUAAAAUAUUUACCAGAUAUAUUAGUCAAAGCUAAAUACAGAUCUAUAUCUAGGUUACCUACUAUCAAAGUGCCAACAUUAUUUUUAUCAGGUUUAGCUGAUAGUCUUAUACCACCCAGAAUGAUGGAUACUUUACAUACUGUAUCUGGCAGUAAAAAGAAAAGAAUUGUACGAUUCCCUGGAGGAACACAUAAUGAAACUUGGAUGUCUCAAGGAUACUAUCAGGCUAUUAUUAAUUUUGUUAAUGAGAUUUUAAGAACAAGAUCGUUUGAAACAGACACUGAAACUAUGGUUAAUAUGACAACUGUGUAAUGAGCAUCAUUGUUACCAUGACAACCAUGUAAUGAGCAUCAUAGUUACCAUGACAACAGUGAAGAUGGCAGAUAUUGCCAUGAUCAUGGCAACCUUGUAAUAAGAUAUUUUGUGAACUGCCUCAGCACCAAAAGAUAUCAAAAAUAGUGCAUAACAUUUGUAGCAAUGAUGUCUAAAAGUUGAAAUAUGGAUAAUAUUUUUCACUACAAAUUGAUAAAACUACAAAUUGUUAAAUAUACUGGAUUAUUGAAUGAAAUGAGGAGCCAAAGUUCCUUGACCUUGAGAAGGUGAAUGAUAGCUCUGCUCUAGGAUUGAAAAUUCAACCACUAAAUUGUUUGGGUUAUCUCCCUUUUGUCAUUUUGAAAAAUCACAUGCAUAUGAAUUAAAGAUGAUAACAAUUACCAAGCCACAUAUUUAUGUGUUUACAUUUGGAAGGCCUUUAAACACCCUAAGCUUAUAUAAAAAAAAUAUUUAAACAAAAAUUUAUUAUGAAAAUCCAAUACAUUUUAUUACUUUAAAAAAAAAAAUGUCUUCAGUAUUAAACAUAUUUUUUAUUGGAUUUUCCAAAUAUCAAAUCAAUAUCUUCAAGCUAUAACUAAUACAAAGUUAGUGUAAG